AACUGACAGGGGUUUGCACAGCAUUUUAGAGCAGUGGUCUGGCAUUAAUUGUGCAAAGAUGCCACAAAUAUGGCUGCUGGGUUGGCUUACAAUAUUAACUGGACUGCAGUCAACGCAGCAAACAGGAAUGAAAAUGAUGCCGGUGACACCAGAAACGCCGAUGACGCCGAUGGCACCAGUGUCUAUAGAGACAAAAAUCGAGAUGAUCUCUAACAGUGCCAUAGGUGCUGCUCAUAAUGGACAAGUUUGCAGUACUUGGGGAAACUUCCACUUCUCCACAUUUGAUGGCGAUUUCUUCCAGUUGCCCUACAGCUGCAACUACAUCCUUACCACCAUGUGUGACAGCACCCAGUCUGAGUUUAACAUCCAAAUGAGGAGGGAAUACACUGGUGAACGUCCUGAAAUUACCGCUUUUACCAUAAAGCUGGGAGGGAUUGUAAUUAUGCUUCAACAAGGCAACAUCACCGUGAACAAUAAAGAAUUGAUCAUCCCAGGCUACUAUAGUGGAAUUCGGAUUGAGAGAAUGACCAAUUACAUUAAAAUCCAAUCCAAGUUAGGACUGACAGUGUUUUGGGAUGAACACAACUCUCUCUCGAUUGAGAUCUCCAAAAACUAUAGGAAUCAGACAUGUGGACUUUGUGGGGACUUCAAUGGCAUCCUGAAGAAUGAGUUCAUUGAAAAUGGCCAACUAUUAACUCCUGAAGAAUUUGGCUAUAAAUGGAAGAUGGAUCUACCCACUGAAACAUGUGUGCAGACUGAGAUCUAUCCAAAGGACAACUGCCAGAAACAGACAAACACAUGUCAGGACCUGCUUUACCAUCCCGCAUUCGAAAGCUGCCAUAACUUGUUGCCCACAAAUAUGUAUUUGGAAGCGUGUCUUGAAGACCUGUGUCAGUGCAACAGCAGUCAGGAUAGUUGCCUAUGCGACACACUCUCAGAGUUCUCACGUCAGUGUGCGCAUGCUGGGGGCACCCCAGCGAGCUGGAGAUCUCACAAGUUCUGUGGAAUAACAUGUCCAUUAAACAUGGUGCACAGUGAGUGUGGGAGUCCAUGUACAGACACCUGCUCAAACCAAGAGGGGAUACAACUCUGUGCAGAUCACUGUGUGGAUGGAUGUGUCUGUCCACCUGGAACUGUGCUAGAUGACAUUAAUAAUACUGGCUGCAUCCCUGUUGAUGAAUGUCCCUGCACCCAUAAUGGCAAAACCUAUUCACCAGGAGAAUCAUUUACAAGGACUUGUCAAGAUUGUGUCUGUUCAAAUGGGCGGUGGAAUUGCAUUACUCUGGACUGCUCUGGCACCUGCUCUUUGCUGGGAGGGUCUCAUGUCAUCACAUAUGACGGCAAAGCUUACAACUUCCAUGGAAACUGUGAUUAUGUUCUUUCAAAGCAUAACAGUAGUGAUAUGACUGUGUUCGUGCAUCUGGCACAGUGUGGGGUAUCAGAGAGUGAAACAUGUCUGACUUCUGUGAAAUUCAUCAUCUCAAACUACCCUGUUACGAUCACAUCCACUGGCAAUGUACUUCUAAACGAUGUUGCAACCAAGCUUCCUGUUGUUACUAAUCAAGUGAAACUCUUCAAGCCUUCUACAUUCUUUAUUAUUGCACAAACACCUAGUAUUCAGAUCAUCGUUCAGCUCGUUCCAGUUAUGCAGGUGUACUUGGAAGUCAGCUCAAAACAAAAGGGAACACUGAGCGGUCUGUGUGGGAACUUUAAUGACAAGCAAGGAGAUGACUUUAAGGCAAAAUCAGGUCUCAUAGAGGGAACAGCCACAACCUUUGCCAGCACCUGGAAGACCGCGCUAUGUCAAGAUUUUAGUACUAGUCUCAAUGACCCCUGUAGUAUGAGUGUGGAAAAAGAGAAGUAUGCUAUGGAAUGGUGCCAGAUGCUCAGGGAUCCAGCAGGAGCGUUUGCUCCCUGUCAUGUUGAAAUCAACCCGAAGGAUUAUGUAAAGAGAUGCAAGUACGAUGCAUGUGUUUGUGCCCAUAGUGAGGACUGCAUGUGUGCUGCUGUGUCUUCCUAUGUUCAUGCAUGUGCUGCCAGAGGUGUAAUGCUGAAGGGCUGGAGAGAUAUCAUUUGCAACACGUUCACACAGAAUUGUCCAGGCAAUAUGAAGUACUCCUAUAACCAGACCAGCUGUAGGAAGUCCUGCCGCUCUCUUAGCGAAAUUGACCAUACUUGCUAUCUGCCAUAUACACCUGUGGACGGUUGUGGCUGUGCCGAGAACACUUACCUCAAUGACAUGGGUGAAUGUGUGCCUUCCUCUGACUGCCCCUGUUACGUCAACAAUGAGAUUGUGGCCCCCAUGCAGGUCAUCAGCAAGGCUGGAAGUACAUGCACUUGUAGAUAUGGCACACUACAAUGCACUGGACCUAAGGAAGUUACUACCUGCACAGCUCCUAUGGUCUACUUCAACUGUUCGCAAGCUGCACCUGGACAAAAAGGAACAGAGUGCCAGAACAUCUGUGAGACCCUGGACUCAAAUCCGUGUAUGAGCACACAGUGUAAAUCAGGGUGUGUAUGUCCUAAUGGUCUACUGGCUGAUGGCCAAGGAGGGUGUGUGACAAAAGAGCAGUGUCCAUGUGUUCAUAAUGGAGCAUUUUACCAACCUGGAGAGACAGUAAAAUCAGACUGCAACAACUGCACUUGUAAAAACAGGAAGUGGAUCUGCACAAAAAAGGAAUGUAACAAAAUAUGUACUAUUUACGGUGACAGUCAUUACAUUAGUUUUGAUGGUAGGAGAUAUACUUUCAACGGCAACUGUGAAUACACCCUGGCCCAGGACUACUGCAGAAACAGCAACGAGGGUUCAUUCCGUAUCAUCACAGAGAAUAUCCCCUGUGGCACCACUGGAACCACCUGUGCAAAGUCUAUUAAAAUCUUUUUAGGGAACAAACAGUUGCUACUGUCCGAGGAGAAUAUAAAAUCUGUGCAUUAUGAUAAUGGCACAGAAAUCCCUUAUAAAAUACAUUCUGUGGGGAUAUACUUGGUUAUUGAGGCUGAAAAUAGUCUCACCCUGAUUUGGGAUAAGAAGACAAGUCUAAUGGUCAAACUCGGGCCCUCGUUUAAGGGUGAAGUGUGUGGACUUUGUGGCAAUUAUGAUGGAGACUGGAAUAAUGAUUUCAUGACUCGUGGUGGUGAGGAAGUGGUUGAGCCAACUGAAUUUGGAAACAGCUGGAGAGUUUCUGCUACAUGUCCCGAAGCCAGUGGUGUCCUCAGCCCCUGCAGUAUGAGACCUUACCGGCAGGCCUGGGCCAUAAGACAAUGCAGCAUUCUCAAGAGUGAUGUCUUUAGCAAAUGUCACACAGAAGUGGACCCAACACAAUAUUACGAGGCCUGUGUGCAAGACACAUGUGCCUGUGAUGCUGGUGGAGACUGUGAGUGUUUCUGUACUGCUGUGGCAGCCUAUGCUGCAGAAUGCAGUGGGAAAGGAGUAUGCGUAAUGUGGAGGAGCCCAACCAUUUGCCCAUUGUUUUGUGACUACUAUAACUUAAAUGAAGGCUGCGAGUGGCACUACAAACCCUGUGGACAAUCCUGCAUGAAAACCUGCAAGAACCCCACAGGAGUAUGCUACAGUGAAAUUCCUCCAUUAGAGGGAUGUUUUCCCCAGUGCCCUUCAGACAGGCCAUACCUGGAGGAGGCAACAAUGAAGUGUGUUGCAAGAGAGGAAUGUGGCUGUUAUGAUGAUGAAAGUAAUACACACUACAGUGUGGGAGAUAGUAUUCCAACAACCUUGAACUGCAAUAAAUGCUACUGUACUGCACAAGGUCCUUCUUGUAGCUACAACGACACAGAUUGCUACUGUGAGUAUAAUGGUCAGACAUAUAAAACUGGACAGAUAAUAUACCACACAACAGAUGGCGAUGGAACAUGUAUCUCUGCUAUAUGUGGGCAAAAUGGAACAAUUAGCAGGAUCAUGGAGCUAUGCACCACUACUCCUACUCCUACUCCUUCUACGUCUCCCACAGUUUUUAAUUUCACAUCAACCAUGGAAACAUGGAGCACAACCACACAAACACCUGUUUCUUCAACAACAAUACCGGGUACUACAGUAACUACUGUAAUUCCACCAACCACAACAGAAACAGUUUCUACACCAACAGUGGAAACAUCGAGCACAACCACACAACCACCUGUUUCUUCAACAACAAUACUGGGCACUACAGUGACUACAGUAAUUCCACCAACCACAACAGAAACAGUUUCUACACCAACACUGGAAACAUCGAGCACAACCACACAACCACCUGAUUGCCAGCUUUGCCAAUGGUCAGAGUGGUUAAACAACGACUAUCCCUCUAGUACACGAAAUGGAAAAGACAUUGAAUCUAUAUCUACGUUUCGGAAUUCAGGAAAAAUUAGCUGCGAGAAACCGGACGAAAUUCAGUGCAGGGCCACUCAAUAUAAAGACACGUCUUUAUCAGACUUGGGCCAGAAGGUGAUAUGUAAUGUUACUGUUGGUCUGAUUUGUAAUAACAUAGAUCAAGAUGACUAUCAUUGUUUUGAUUAUGAAAUACGGGUGAAAUGCUGUGAUGAAAUGUGCCCUCCUACAACAACACCAACAGUGGAAACAUCGAGCACAACCACACAAACACCUGUUUCUUCAACAACAAUACCAAGCACUACAGUAACUACUGUAAUUCCACCAACCACAACAGAAACAGUUUCUACACCAACACUGGAAACAUCGAGCACAACCACACAACCACCUGUUUCUUCAACAACAACACCAAGCACUACAGUAACUACUGUAAUUCCACUAGACACAACAGAAACAGUUUCUACACCAACACUGGAAACAUCAAGCACAACCACACAACCACCUGAUUGCCAGCUUUGCCAAUGGUCAGAGUGGUUAAACAACGACUAUCCCUCUAGUACACGAAAUGGAAAAGACAUUGAAUCUAUAUCUACGUUUCGGAAUUCAGGAAAAAUUAGCUGCGAGAAACCGGACGAAAUUCAGUGCAGGGCCACUCAAUAUAAAGACACGUCUUUAUCAGACUUGGGCCAGAAGGUGAUAUGUAAUGUUACUGUUGGUCUGAUUUGUAAUAACAUAGAUCAAGAUGACUAUCAUUGUUUUGAUUAUGAAAUACGGGUGAAAUGCUGUGAUGAAAUGUGCCCUCCUACAACAACACCAACAGUGGAAACAUCGAGCACAACCACACAAACACCUGUUUCUUCAACAACAAUACCGGGUACUACAGUAACUACUGUAAUUCCACCAACCACAACAGAAACAGUUUCUACACCAACAGUGGAAACAUCGAGCACAACCACACAACCACCUGUUUCUUCAACAACAAUUCCGGGUACUACAGUGACUACUGUAAUUCCACCAACCACAACAGAAACAGUUUCUACACCAACAGUGGAAACAUCGAGCACAACCACACAAACACCUGUUUCUUCAACAACAAUAACAAGCACUACAGUAACUACUGUAAUUCCACUAGACACAACAGAAACAGUUUCUACACCAACAGUGGAAACAUCAAGCACAACCACACAACCACCUGUUUCUUCAACAACAAUACCGGGCACUACAGUAACUACAGUAAUUCCACCAACCACAACAGAAACAGUUUCUACAUCAACAGUGGAAACAUCGAGCACAACCACACAACCACCUGUUUCUUCAACAACAAUACCAAGCACUACAGUAACUACUGUAAUUCCACUAGACACAACAGAAACAGUUUCUACACCAACAGUGGAAACAUCAAGCACAACCACACAACCACCUGUUUCUUCAACAACAACACCAAGCACUACAGUAACUACUGUAAUUCCACUAGACACAACAGAAACAGUUUCUACACCAACACUGGAAACAUCAAGCACAACCACACAACCACCUGAUUGCCAGCUUUGCCAAUGGUCAGAGUGGUUAAACAACGACUAUCCCUCUAGUACACGAAAUGGAAAAGACAUUGAAUCUAUAUCUACGUUUCGGAAUUCAGGAAAAAUUAGCUGCGAGAAACCGGACGAAAUUCAGUGCAGGGCCACUCAAUAUAAAGACACGUCUUUAUCAGACUUGGGCCAGAAGGUGAUAUGUAAUGUUACUGUUGGUCUGAUUUGUAAUAACAUAGAUCAAGAUGACUAUCAUUGUUUUGAUUAUGAAAUACGGUACAGUAACUACAGUAAUUCCACCAACCACAACAGAAACAGUUUCUACACCAACAGUGGAAACAUCGAGCACAACCACACAACCACCUGUUUCUUCAACAACAAUUCCGGGUACUACAGUGACUACUGUAAUUCCACCAACCACAACAGAAACAGUUUCUACACCAACAGUGGAAACAUCAAGCACAACCACACAACCACCUGUUUCUUCAACAACAAUUCCGGUGGAAACAUCGAGCACAACCACACAAACACCUGUUUCUUCAACAACAAUACCAAGCACUACAGUAACUACUGUAAUUACACCAACCACAACAGAAACAGUUUCUACACCAACAGUGGAAACAUCGAGCACAACCACACAACCACCUGUUUCUUCAACAACAAUUCCGGGUACUACAGUGACUACUGUAAUUCCACUAGACACAACAGAAACAGUUUCUACACCAACAGUGGAAACAUCAAGCACAACCACACAACCACCUGUUUCUUCAACAACAAUACCGGGCACUACAGUAACUACUGUAAUUCCACCAACCACAACAGAAACAGUUUCUACAUCAACAGUGGAAACAUCGAGCACAACCACACAACCACCUGUUUCUUCAACAACAAUACCAAGCACUACAGUAACUACUGUAAUUCCACUAGACACAACAGAAACAGUUUCUACACCAACAGUGGAAACAUCGAGCACAACCACACAACCACCUGUUUCUUCAACAACAAUACCAAGCACUACAGUAACUACAGUAAUUCCACCAACCACAACAGAAACAGUUUCUACACCAACAGUGGAAACAUCGAGCACAACCACACAACCACCUGUUUCUUCAACAACAAUACCGGGCACUACAGUGACUACUGUAAUUCCACCAACUACAACAGAAACAGUUUCUACACCAACAGUGGAAACAUCGAGCACAACCACACAACCACCUGA